CCCAUUCAUUCGCGAUUCUGCAACCGUGGACGCUUCCGCCUCACGACGAGUCAAUCUACUACUAUCUACGACCAUAAGGUACAUAUCCGAUGAGGAAGGCAGAAUAUCGAAGCUCCCACAGGAGUUUUUCACAAUCGACAAGGAAGAUGAAUGGAAAAGAUCACAUGAUCAGCCAGGUCCAUCGCCACCAGCAUGUGCCUUUUUCGUGGGGUUUCCUCACUAUUAGUCUAGAUGACUUCGAGGAGGUUGAGGAGUAGGCCGAAUCGGGUUCAAGAUCUUUCAGCUCGAGCGGCAAGCCAGCCCAUUGGUCGAGUUGUGAAUUCUGACCAGGCCCAACGCGAGUGCCUUACCAUUCGUCUUUUUGCAGGGACAAAGUCUGAGCGUCAUUGCCCACAAGCAACGUCUGUCAUGGCAGCUUUCCAACUGGUCCAAAGUCGUUGACGCCAAGUUUUUUUCUAACAACCCAAGCGAGGGAAGUUCCCCUCAUUGUUAUGCAUUAAGAGUCGUGGCGAGCAUAUUCAGCUCAGCUCAGACUAGGUCGACGCGACGGCCCGUCAAUAUUUCCAUGAUUAUCGCUUCAGCAAAAAGAGAAUGACUGUAAGUUCAUGGAGGUAUAAAAAGGGACUAUGUCUCUACUUGCCUACGUGCAUGUCUAUCUUGGUACAAUGCUCAUAUGCGACAAGGCUCAAGAGGCUAGAGGGACGGCCAAAUCUCCCCCGACUCUAGCGUCUGCUUUGUUUGUUUUCUCCUGAUCAGACGUCAUGGGCGGUGUAGAAUCCAAAUCCGUGCCUCCGUGCACCAGCAUAACGAGUGGGACGAACCGGGCUCAAAAGGCACCCGCAAAGAAAAUUUUAUCAGCUCCAGGGCUAUAUAUCACCGGCCUCGGGUCUCAGUUCCCGCCACAUCUUUUCGGUCCGGAAAAGUUGGAAGAGCUUGCAAGAAGACUCUACGAUGUUGAGAAGCCAGCAAGCUCCUCCACAUCAACCGGUCCACAGGUAUCGAGACCCGCGCGGCUGUCGGCACCUUCGAGACAAUAAGCUUUGCAUCUCGAUCAGACCCGCCGUCCAUCGCGGAUAUGGACGACCUCUUUCGCAACUCUGCCGGCGUCGACCUGGCCACGGAGGCGUGCCGUAAGGCCUUGGAAGAAUGGGGCGGCGACGCAGCCACCGAAAUCACCCACACCGUGGCCGUGACGUGCACGAACCAGGGAAACCCGGGAUAUGACCUCAUGGUGGCGCAGCGGCUGGGCCUGGGAGCGGGGGUGGACCGCACGCUGCUCAGCGGCGUCGGCUGCGCAGGCGGGCUGGCGAUCCUCCGGUGCGCGGCACAGCUGGCUACGGGUGCUGCGGCUAGAGGCAGGCCAGCGAGGGUCUUGUGCUUUGCGUGCGAGGUGUGCACGCCUGGCAUGCGCCGCGAGCUGGCCGAGGCCGACGCGUGUGGUGACGAACCGGCUGGUGUGAGCAUUGCCGGGGCGCUUUUUGCUGACGGCGCAGCGGCGUUUGUGUUGUGCAACGAACUUGGCAUGCCGGAGAAGCAGAGCAAUGGGGCCGGGAAGAGACCACCGCUCCUGCAGCUCCUUGAAUGGGACAACGCCGUCAUUCCAGACACGGUGCAGCACCUGGCAAGCUACGUCAACCCGCUCGGCUUCCAUACCAUACUCACGCGGGACGUGCCACGCCUGGCAGUCAAGGCAGUUAGACCCAUGCUUGAGUCACUUCUACAGCUGCCGUAUCUCCGUGAACAGAUCGGUUCCUCAGCUGAAGGUCUCGGGGCGGUGGACCUCGACUGGGCGCUGCAUCCUGGUGGUCAGGCCAUCAUUUCUGGCGUUCAGACCACCCUGAACCUGACUGACCACCAGCUGCGUGCUACCAAGCAGAUAUACCGCACCAGGGGCAACUCGUCCAGCUCUGCCGUCUUGGCAGUUCUUGAUCUGCUGCGUGGUAUGGGGAAGGGCAGGGACCAUAUUGUUGCCGCUUCUUUUGGGCCGGGGGUCGCGAUCGAGAUGGCAAUUUUUAGGAGAUGUCGCUGAGACGGCAUACCCUACCAUACCCACACUGUCGUAUAGCCCACUCUGGUAAAGAAGCAGUCUGACAAAGCACUUCAGAAAUCGAGUACUGUAGAGUCACCACCAAUAGGCCUGCUCAAAGCCUAGCCCGUAUCUCCGCCUCUGUCCCCUCUGGAACAGGCGGUAACUUCACAUUGCCCUCCCACGCGUCUACAAUUGCGCCCCAGUACCGAUCCGCAUCCUCGACAAUCAGCGCGCAGUGCGGCGCCGUCUGAAACAGCACGGCACCGACCUUGUCCUCCCCGAUCCUACUCUGUGCCUCACGUGCAUGCGACACGACAUCGUCGACGCCCACCAUGACAUCCCCCGCGCUGAACAGGUACAGCCGCCGCACGUCCUCCCCGAUCAGGGAGGCGCUGUUGAGCUCGGCGCGCAGCUCUCGCACGGAGCUCAUCAGCCCCGCGUUCUGCACCGCCUGCACGGCUAAGACGAGGCAGUAGGUCGACGCCGUACCAACCCGCCGCAGAGAAGGGGAGAGCGACGGCGGCAGGGACACGAGCGCGGUGCGGUAGGCUUUGUCGAACGAGGCGUCGCCGGGACAGCUGUCAAACACCACGAAGCCCAGCCGGUUGCGCAGGACGGACGGGAUGGUGGAGGUCAGGAGCUGAAUGGCAAUGUUGCUGCCACCAUGGGAGAAGAAGUGCAGCAGCACUUCUUUUCUCCAUCCCUCUGCAGCAGACGCAGGGGUUAGGAUGCUGGCGAUGGCGUCGGCGUCGCGGGCACGCUGGAGGCGGGCACGCAGAGUCACGAAGGACCGCAAGGCCAGGUCGGGAAAGACGGUGCGGAUCAGCAGCACCAAGGUGGAUGGCCAGCAGGCCUGGUAGCCUGUCACGUAUUUGUUUACGCGACGGUUGGUUGCGCCGCCGAGCCAGGUGCAGAUUAUCACGAGUUUGGGUGGUGAAGGUGUGUCAUGGCGUUGACAGAUGGUGUUGCUUCUUCUUGUUGGGAAACCGAGGGUCCAAACAGGAAGAUAUUGUUGCCUAGAUCCAGGGGGCUCUCGCCUGCCGCAUCAACCUCGGAUGACGCUAAUGAGUUGGGUCUUUGCAUCGUGAUGAUGGUUCUAGGAAGCCAGCAAAAGAUGCAGUGUAUCUCGACGUGUGGCCUGAACGUACUUGUAGUCGGAAGAUGACGAGUUGAAGCUCGUCUGUAAGAGUCGCUUGCGCGCUGUUUGCCCGUGGGGAUCCCACAGAGAACAGGAAGGAGUUGCUUGGCAUCUUGAAGUGGGUCAUCAUCCUCAACAUUUUGAAUCCUUUGGGCAGCCUCACUUCUCUGGUGCAGGCCUUCACUCGCGUCAUUCUCCUGCCAAAUUAGGCAAGUGUCUCAUGUGGAAGUCCAAGAAACUCUUUCCUGACGACACAUCCUCUUGAUGGGCUCUGACGACAGACAUUCUUGCUUCCUCCUAUCCAAAUCAAUCGGGGAAAUGCGUAGGUAUUGUCAUUUCUAACAAACCCACAGUGUUCAAAAUCGAGCACGUGUCAGGGUGUGCAUCUUCCUAGUAUUUUUCAAUCCAAAAGCCAACGGAUACCAAUAGGGAAAAAAGAAAGAAAAUAAUGAACAUGAACUGGUCACUCAAAUGCAAAAAGAAAGAAGAAGAAAGUGUUCGAAUGGGCUAGGGCCGAGCCGCCUAGGGCGGCCAAGGCAAAAAAAUUGUGAGAUGGUGAGAUAUUUGCAUCUGGAAAAGGAAACGAGAUUAAAAAAAAGACGUAUCCCAGAGACAAAUAGACGAUUCCAUGGGAAACCAAUUGGGAGAUAGAGCAAUGAAUCUUCGUACUUUUUACCUGCC